AGAAAAACUUGUUUUUUUUUUAUUAUCGAUGUUGAAUCUUUGUCUCAGAAACUCAUUACAAGGAUAGAUAUCAUUUAAAGUUUUAAAAUGUGUUUCUUUAGCUUUUGGUGAUACUGGUAGAGUAAAGUAUCUGGUUCUAAUCCUGACUAUAAUCUCUUAAUAUCAUUUUUAAGAAGUGACGGGAGCGCUGUCUGCUCGGUGCAGCCGGACCGUGGGAGCUAGUUUACAGCUGAGUAGCAGGCAGCUAACAGGCAGAAACAGCCAGGACAAGCAGAGAGACAGCUGGCAGACAGACACUGAACCAUCCUUCAUCAGGGAGCUGGACAUCAGCAAGAAUGACGGGGAAAACACUCCUACCGUCAACAGAGUGAAAGGCAGGUUGGAGUCCGUGUUGAUGGUGGGAGUUAGCAGGUCCACGGCAUUCCCACAGGAAACAGGUAAAGGCAGCUGGGGAGUGUAGCUGCACGGUUAAAGGAUCUUACUGGAACAUCAAAAGAAAGAAGCCAAGGGUGGACUUAAAGUGAAACCUAAAAGUUGUAUCUGGCGAAGAUCACCUGAUUCCAGCAAACAUGGAUGGAGGGUCCACCUGUGACCAGUGUGGGAAGACUUUCACCCAAAGGGAUAACCUUAAGACACACCUAUGUGUCCAUAGCGGAGAAAGACCAUAUAAGUGUGACCAGUGUGGGAAGACUUUCACUGUAAAGGAUAGCCUUAAGACGCACCUACUUAUCCAUAGUGGAGAAAGACCAUAUGCUUGUGACCAGUGUGGGAAGACAUACAUCAGAAAGAGUGACCUUAAAGUCCACCAACGCACCCACGCUGGAGAAAAACCAUAUGGCUGCGACCAGUGUGGAAAGGCUUUCAUCAGAAAGGAUUUGCUUAAAAUCCACCAACGCACCCACACUGGAGAAAGACCACAUGCCUGUGACCAGUGUGGGAAGACUUUCCGCCAUGCAUCUACGCUUACAACACAUCUACGCAUCCACAGCGGAGAUAGACCAUAUGGCUGUCAACAAUGUGAAAAGUCUUUCACUCGGCUCAUUGACCUUAAGACACAUGAACACUCGCAUUCUGGAGAAAAACCGUAUGACUGUUACCACUGUGGGAAGUCUUUCACCCGCACGACUGAUUUUAAUAGACACCUACGCAGCCACAGUGGAGAAAGACCAUAUGAGUGUGACCAGUGUGGGAAGACUUUUACUCUCAGGAAUAACUUAAAGAAACACCUACGCAUCCACAGUGGAGAAAGGCCACAUGAGUGUGACCAGUGUGGGAAGACUUUCACCCAAAAGAGUCAACUUAAGAAACACCAACUCAUCCACAGUGGAGAAAGACCAUAUGGCUGUGACCAGUGUGGGAAGGCUUUCACCGAGAUGAGUAACCUUAAGUCACACCUACGCAUCCACAGUGGACAAAGACCAUAUCACUGUGAACAGUGUGGGAGGGCUUUCACACAGAUGAAUGGGCUUCAGGCACACUUACGCAUCCACAGUGGACAAAGACCAUAUCACUGUGAACAAUGUGGAAAGACUUUCGCCCACAUGAAUAGUCUUAGGGUACACAUACGUAUCCACAGUGGAGAAAGACCAUAUUACUGUGACAAGUGUGGGAAAACUUUCCCCCAAUUGAAUGGACUUCAGGCACACCUACGCUCCCACAGAGGAGAAAAAUCAUAAAACUGUGACUGGUGUGAGAAGGCUUUUAGAGCCUUGUGCAUUAUUUUCUUACUAUCAUGUUCACUGCAAGAAGUUGAUGUAUCCGUGUGAUAAGUGGUCAUCUAACUUACAAGUGUCACCAAUGGACCUAUGCUGGAGAGAAACUUUACUAGAGCAUAUUUUGUGACAGAUGUUUUAUCACAGGUUUACAAUGUACCAAACAAGAAUGUGUCAAAAAUUUCCACAAAGGACAAAAUCUGAACAUACUGCUACUUAUGGACUUUGCAGACAUUUAAUCAGUCACUUGUUGUUGUGAUUAGUGACGGAAAUUCCAGCUCUUUGUAGAGAGCUGAUUCUUUUGGCUCUUUCAGCUCCCAAGUGGCUCCUCAGAUUUUUUUGUUGCUUAAAUUCAUUACCAAAUUAUAUGUAUUGAGUAAAAUGAAUUAUUCAUUCAUUCAUUUUCUGAACCCGCUUUAUCCUCACUAGGGUCACAGGGGUCGCUUAGAGCCUA